AUAUUUUGCUCAUUUCCUGAAGAAUCUUGAAGUGGGUAUUUUGUUUCCCCAACUGGGUCAUCUUCACUUUUGUAAAAACUAGAUGGGCCUUUUUUGGUUGUGAAAUAUGGAUAUUGAAGCAAGAAAUAGAAAUUCUAGUCCAAUUAAGAAAGAAUCAUGGAAGACAGUGAUGGCAUUAGCUUAUCAAAGUUUAGGUGUUGUUUAUGGGGAUUUGAGUACUUCUCCAUUAUAUGUAUACAAAAGUGCAUUUGCAGAAGACAUACAACAUUCAGAAACCAAUGAAGAAAUAUUUGGGGUUUUAUCUUUUGUGUUUUGGACAUUAACUUUAAUCCCACUUUUAAAAUAUGUGUUUAUAGUACUUAGAGCUGAUGAUAAUGGUGAAGGUGGGACUUUUGCUUUGUACACAUUGUUAUGUCGCCAUGCUCGUGUAAGCACGUUGCCGAAUGGUCAGCUUGCUGAUGAAGAAUUAUAUGAGUAUAGAAAAGAUGAAAUUGUUUCUCCAAGUAGUAGUAGAGAUAUCGGGUUGAGUUUAAAAUCAACUUUUGAGAAACACAAAAUCUUGCAAAAAGUUUUGCUUGUUUUGGCUUUGCUUGGUACUUGUAUGGUCAUUGGUGAUGGAGUUCUAACUCCCGCGAUUUCUGUUUUCUCUGCUGUUUCUGGGCUUGAGCUUUCUAUGUCAAAAGAACACCAUCAAUAUGUAGAACUCCCAGUUGCUUGCGUCAUACUAGUGUUCUUGUUCUGCCUCCAACAUUAUGGGACCCACCGCGUAGGAUUCUUGUUUGCGCCGAUUGUGGUUUUGUGGCUCCUGUGCAUCAGCACUAUUGGAGUUUACAAUAUUUUUCGUUGGAAUCCAAAAGUUUUUCAAGCACUUUCGCCUUACUACAUGUACAAGUUUUUAAAUAAAACGCGAAGAGGAGGAUGGAUGUCAUUAGGUGGUAUUUUAUUGUGUAUAACAGGGUCAGAGGCUAUGUAUGCUGAUCUUGGACAUUUUUCGCAGUUAUCGAUCAAGAUGGCUUUCACCUUUGUGGUAUACCCGUCAUUAAUCCUUGCCUAUAUGGGACAAGCUGCAUAUCUCUCAAAACAUCACAUUCUUGAAACCGAUUACAGAAUUGGUUUCUACGUAUCCGUUCCUGAGAAGAUAAGAUGGCCGGUUCUUGGAAUUGCGAUACUUGCUGCAGUGGUUGGAAGCCAAGCCAUCAUCACCGGGACAUUCUCUAUCAUCAAACAGUGUUCGGCAUUGGGUUGCUUCCCAAGGGUCAAAAUAAUUCACACAUCUCCAACUAAUAAGCAUGGUCAGAUAUACAUCCCGGAGAUCAACUGGACGUUGAUGCUGCUAUGUUUGGCUGUCACAAUUGGUUUUCGUGACACCAAACAUAUAAGCAAUGCAGCAGGUUUGGCAGUUAUUACAGUCAUGUUAGUGACGACCUGCUUAAUGUCACUUGUAAUGGUUAUAUGCUGGCGAAAAAGUAUCUUCUUGGCUCUUGGAUUUAUGUUCUUUUUUGGCUCAGUUGAAGUACUAUACUUUUCCGCAUCCUUGAUAAAGUUUCGUGAAGGUGCAUGGGUUCCGGUUGCCCUCUCGUGCAUCUUUCUAAUUAUCAUGUUCGUGUGGCAUUACGGCACCAUAAAAAAGUACGAGUUUGAUGUUCAAAACAAAGUUUCAAUCAACUGGCUAUUAAGUUUGGGCCCGACUCUCGGCAUUAUGCGGGUUCGUGGGAUUGGGCUCAUUAACACUGAGCUUGUUUCCGGGAUCCCUGCCAUAUUCUCCCACUUUGUCACAAACCUUCCGGCUUUUCACCAAGUUGUAGUUUUCCUCUGUGUGAAAUCGGUACCAGUGCCUCAUGUAAGACCGGAGGAACGGUUUCUAGUUGGAAGGAUUGGCCCUAAAGAGUAUAGAUUGUAUCGAUGCAUCGCAAGAUACGGGUACCGUGAUGUCAAUAUGGAUGAUGUGGAAUUCGAGAAGGAUCUCAUUUGUUGUAUAGCAGAGUUCAUUCGUACCGAACGAGCCAGCACUAAUGACGCCAACGGCAUUGGUGAUGUACCAUCUGACUCUGAAAAUGAUGGGAAAAUGUCGGUUUUUGGGACUGCUUCUGCCAACUCAGAGGGGAGUAUAAGGAUGUGUGAGGACGAAACAGGAGAUUCAUCUGAACUUAAAGAGAUAGCAGUUUCAGUGGCAUCACCUGUUCCGCGAAAAAGGGUUAGAUUUGUUUUGCCCGGAAGCCCACAAAUGAAUACAGGUGUGAGAGAAGAGUUGUGUGAAUUGAUGGAAGCCCGGGAAGCAGGGUUAGCGUUUAUUCGUGGUCAUUGUUAUGUAAAAGCGAAAAGAGGUUCAAGUUUGAUGAAAAGAUUUGUCAUAAACUUCGGGUAUGACUUUUUAAGAAGGAAUUCUCGUGGCCCGACAAACGCCUUGUGCUUUCCUCAAGCGUCUACGUUAGAGGUCGGGAUGGUGUACCAGGUUUGAUCACGCAUCAUAUUAUCAUAUCAUAUAUAUAGCGUAUACGGCACUGGAAGAUUUAUAUAACGAUAACACAUGUAAAGAUGGUUGGUAGUAACUUGUUAGCUUGUGGACUUACUUGUUAGGCCCUUCAAGCAUAUUACCAGAAGACCAUGAGUUGUAUAAUUGAAAGUGCGAUUUUUGUUGUA